CAUAGAAAAGGAACUUGACUUAUUUUUCUUUUACGAAUGUUGAAAGAUAACAAGAGUAGUAAAACAUUAAAGUAAACAUAUUUUUUCGAGCAGGAUUUAGUUCAUAAAUAAUACACGUGAUUGCAAUACAAUAAAGGAUCUGUAUAAUAUUUGAAAACGUUCGAUAAUGGCAAGGAUGAAUGCUUCUUCUCGGACUGGAAAGGAUCUAAGCAAUGAUUUCACAAUGGAUGUACUUCCGGUGACUGUGUUUAUUUCCAUAGAAGCAUUCAUUGGUUUUUUCGGCAAUAUUACAAUUCUGUUAGUUUACUCCAGACGAUACAGACGGAUAAACUUUCGGUAUUUUGUCUUGGCACUGGCUCUUGUGGACCUAACAAGCUGCUGCACUACACUUCCGGGUGAAGUGAAUUCCCAAUUAAACUGGUACGACUAUCAACAUACAUGGAUAUGCAAAGUGAAAACAUUCUUCAACAUUUACACUGCUUUGAGCUCAGCCUCAGUUUUGCUACUUUUGGCAAUUGACAGGUACAGAAAGAUUUGCCAUCCAUUAAAUUUUGUUUGGCAAAUUCGUUGCCCUGUUGCUCUCAGACUUUGUGGAUGUUGCUUGAUUGUAUCGGCGCUAGUGUCUAUUCCUGCUCUCAUACUUUAUGGAAAGCAGACGAACAGUUUCGAACACGAGGGAAAUAAUAUUACCGCUACAGUUUGUGAAAUAUCGGGGGAGUAUGCAGGCACAAUUUAUCCACUACUUUAUAUCGGUAGCAUUUAUCUCGUGGCUAUGACUUUAAUGAUACUCGCGGCCGUGUCUUUGAAUUUAAUUACGGCAUGGCGGUUAUUUGGAUAUCACUCAAUGAAAACUGCAAACAUCAAACAUGAUACAAAGAAAGCGGUUGUCGCAAUAACAUUGACAUCAGAAACAUCUAAUGAUGGUACAGACAAUGAUAGAGAAACAAAAGCUACGACUAGCGACAUAUCCGGGAAAAGGGAAGGACAUGGAGCUGAAAACGCCAAAAAUACAAAUUUCAAUUUCUACAUGUCUGCAAAAAGACAAGGAAAUCCGUCAUCUAAUUUCAACAGAAAGUCAUCAGAUAAAGGUUACAUUGAUGAUGAUGACAAAACAUCUGAAAAUUCGUCUACUGAUUAUUUAAGUAACGACGAAGAAUUUAUUGAUGAUAAUAACAGCGGAAAUGAACAAACUGGGAACAGCUCGACUGACCAAACAUCUUCUGACCAGGGCAGACGUACAUCCCUUCGGAGCAGACGAUCAAGAACUCUAACAUCAAAAUUCCAGCUAAAGAGUAAGACGAUGAUAAUGUUAAUCUUGACGGCAAUAUUUGCCGCCACGAUGGUUCUGUAUAUAAUUCUAACUGGUCUCGUAGUUAAACCUGAUGGCAUUUUGAGAGGGUUGCCUGAUUCGCAGCUGGUGGCUUUUUUCUUCUUCUGGCGUUUAUACUUCGUUAACUCUGUCGUAAAUCCGAUCUUGUACGGAUUUAUGGACCCCGGAUUUCGUUCAGGGUUUUUGUCUUACAUGCGGAGAAACAAGCAUUCUGUUACGAGCUCAACGUAGCUCGUGUUUACUUGUACAUGACCUUAACAAAGGUAGUGUUCCUUUGCUGCUGGCAUUCGUUCUUUGUUAGUUGCGAGAUACAUAAAUCUUUAAGCAGAUGAUAGACUCUAGGUUUCAUCGGUCUAGAAGUGUAAUACGGUGAGCUUUACAUACGUCAUUUUAUUACUGAAACAAGAAAAGCAAUAUUGAUCAUUUUAGAAAUGUUUUACACCUAGAAUAAUUUUAGAACUUCUUGUUAGAUAUUGUUCAAUGAUAUGUAUUUAGAUUAUAAUAUUAUGACCAAGUUCGUAUCUCAGGCUACAAACAGAUCUUUGGGUAUUUUGAUUGCUAAGUAUGAAAUGCUUGGAGACAAGGAUGCUUCUUAAAAACUAAAUGUUGACUUCAGUUAUGUAUUGAAAGUUAAAAGAAAAAAGAAAACGAUGUAUAGGAUUAUGUUCUGAUCCUUCAAACAGUGGUCGCAUAGGCCUGAAUGCAAUUUGGAAUAAAAAGAAUUGGAAUAUUUUGCUUAUUUUUAUUUGUAUUUUGUAUCGCUUUAAAGCGACUAACCCACACAUUGCGAAUAGCAGUUUUUGAAAUAAUUUAUCAUCGAAAGGCAAAAUGUCGCCACUGUUCAUAUAUUUACAUGAAACAUAAUGGUUGACCAGUUUAUAGUUUCCAGAAUUAUGGGAAUAAUUGAAUUUUUGCAGUUUUUCUCAUGAACUUAUAUAAAGCGUUACAACGCUUUAUUUUGUAAACAUUGAUAAAUAUAGAACGUGACGCGACAAUAUUUUUAGACGCUAUCAUCACGCGGGCAGCAAACCAAAAGAGCACAUGGAGUUUUAUGGGUCAAUUUAUAUACUCGGCUACCGAUUAGGGAAGUCAGCAUGAUUUACUUUGCCUUAUUUAGGUAAGAACCACUAUCGUACCGAAUAACGCUACCUAAAUAACGGAUCGCUCCAUUACUAAAGCUCAACCGAACCAUAGGUAGCGCACAGUAGUAUGGCGUUUAGAAGUAAAACAAAACAAUAACAUAAAAUUAAGUUAAUACAAUAAGUUUACGAUGUAGUCAGUGAUUCCUCGUUGGCCGAACGGUUACAGUAUUUGCAUUAUACCUUUUCGUUGGGAGUACGAUCCCCAUUUUUUUCAGUUUGCAUUACAUACGUUGUGUAUGUUUGUUUUUCUCUGGUUUCUUAUUUAUUGUUUUGUUUCAUAUUUUCGUAUAAAAUGGCAGUUUCUAUAAAUCAAUCAAUCCUAAAAUUAUGGCAGUGCAAUGCUUUUAUUAAAGUGAAGUGAAAGAUUGUUAUAAAACUUAAACUUCUCCAGAUAUGCAAGCAGAUAUUAUAACUGCAUUUAAUAAUACAUCACGCUAUCUGGAUGAUAUUCUUAAUAUGGAUAAUCCGUUUUUUGGUCAUUUGGUGGGUACUAUUUAUCCUAGGGAGCUUCAGUUAAUUAAAACUAACAAUUCGGAUAAUGAUGCUUCAUUUUUAGAUUUACAUCUCUCUAUUUAUGACAAUAUUAUACAUACCAAAAUUUAUGACAAAUGGGAUGAUUUUAAUUUUAGUAUUGUAAAUUUUCCCCAUUUGGAUGGGGAUGUACCUCAGGCUACAUCUUAUGGGGUAUAUAUUUCUCAAUUAAUUCGGUUUGCCAGAGCGUGUAGUCAUGUCAAGCAUUUCAAUGAACGUAAUCAAUAUAUUACAAGUAAACUUCUUCAGCAAGGCUACCGUUAUUACAAAUUGCGUAAAUAUUUUACUAAAUUUUAUUAUCGUAAUUCUGAUUUAGUUUUAAAAUUCAAUGGUAAUUUAAAGACACUUCUGCGAGAAGGUAUUUCUAAACCCGUUUUUCAUGGGGAUGUGGUUUACAAACUUCGUAAGAUCUUGGGUCAUGGUAAUUUUCCAAAUGUAUUUGGAAAGAUUAUCAAACGUUUUAUUAAAAGAGGUUACGACCCAACUGUUUUGAGACAUACCGCAUGUUUAGUGUUCAACCCGUUUACAGUUGGACACUACGCUUCCCUCUUUGAUUGCGUCU